CGGGAGCCGGGCGCCACGCGCGGGGGGGUGGGCGUCGCUCGCUCCGCCCCGCGAAGCCCCUGCGUGUCUAGGGCCGCGGCCGCUCCGCGCCAAGCGCGCUAGGCUCCGCCGUGUGGCCGCCGCCGCCGCCGCUGCCAUGUCCCCGGGGAAGCCCGGGGCGGGCGGAGCGGGGACUAGGCGGACUGGCUGGCGGAGAAGGAGGCGGAGGCGGCGGCUGGAGGCGGAGACGAGGGAGCCCGGCUUCGGGCACACGGCGGGGCGCGUCCCGGGCACGUUCCAGGGCGCGCAGGGCAUGAAGCCCGCGGCGCUGGAGACGCGGCCACCCCCGCGCCCGCCCGGGCUCCGCUGGGCGCUGCUGCCGCUGCUGCUGUUGCUACGCCUGGGCCAGGUCUUGUGCACAGGUGCAGCUCCGAGCCCCGUGUUUGGCAUUGAAGCUGUUUCCAGCCCAACCAACGUGACAUUAACAUGGAAGCACAAUGUUUCAACUCCUUCAGAGUACACUUACAGAAUAGAGAACAAGAUGGAAAAGAAUAUGACGUUUACUACUGCUAAAAACCAAACAUCGUACACCAUCACAGACUUAAGUCCGGCUACUUACUAUACAUUCUCUAUCACUCCGAUGAUAGCCAAUGAGACCUCGGGAGACCCCACGGACAAAAAUAUCACAACAAAGCCUUGGCCGGUGUCUGAUCUCCAAGUUGCUUUCGUGGGUGUGACGCAGGCUGUUCUCACCUGGAGCGACGCAAAUGGCACUGCUUCCUACCGGAUGCUUCUUGAACGCUUUGGAAACAGCAAACAGAUGACUCCACACUCGUCCUUCAAUAUUUCAGUUCUGAAGCUGGGGUCCUGCAAUACCUGGCUUUCCCCAGAAUCAAAUGAGACUCAGAGUGACUUGUUGGUUGCAGAAGGAGAGUUACAAAAUUGUGCAUCAGAUACCAAUGACACCGAGAGAAGCCCAGUGGCCAACCUAUCCCAAGUCCACAGGAGUUUACUCUGCCCUGUAGACCUAGCCUCUGCCCAAGCUUCCUCCCUCACAAAGGUCUUGCUCCUUGGGCUAAAACCUGAUACUAACUAUACAGCCAAAGUUUAUUCUCGAGCAGCAGAUGGCACAGAAGGACAGCCUGGAAAAGAAGUCUUUACAACAAAUUCCAUCCAGGUUUCUGACAUGAGAGCUGUGAACAUCAGUGCCACAAACUUGGCCCUGACCUGGAAGAUCAAUUACAAUGAGUCAUCUUUUUGCUACACCUACAAGAUACAUGUGGCUGGGGGGGUCCAUGCCAUCAACCAAACUGUCAAUAAGACUGAGGCCAUCAUCCACGGACUCACUUCGAGCACCUUGUACAACAUCACAGUACGUCCUUUCCUGGGUCACACCGAGGGCACACCAGGCUUCCUCCAAGUAUAUACUUCCCCUGGUCCAGUUUCUGACUUCCAAGUGACAAAUGUCAGCACAAGGGGAAUUGGUUUGACUUGGAGAAGCAAUGACUCAGAAUUUAGGAUUCUUACCAUGAAGGAGGGAGGUGAGAAGAUUAAAAACAAUAUAACCAGAAAUCAGAGCUUUGUCGUUGACAAUUUAAAGCCUGGAACCAGCUACCGCUUUGAAAUAUUUCCACGAGGACCAGAUGGGACUGAAGGGCCACCCAGAACAGUUGAUGCUAUAACUGAUCGCAGCGCUGUGAUUGACAUCCUUGUGGUCAGUGUCUCCUCCAGUGAAAUGCAGCUGGAAUGGGAGAAUACAGACCGUGUUCCUGGAUAUAACUACCAUGUAGUUCUAGAGUCUGAAUAUGGCCACAGCAAUACUACCAGUUCUCAGAAAUUCAUCACACUAAGGGACCUCACCCCAGGCACCUUGUAUAAUGUCACAGUCAUUCCAGAAGUGGACCAGGUCCAGGGUGACGCCAACUCCAUUGCCCAGUACACACGACCCAGCAAUGUGUCUGACAUUGAAGUAAACACCAGCACCACCGUGGCAACCAUCUGGUGGAACAGUGAGGACAAAGCCUCUCCUGAGUAUACCUACCGCCUUCUCAUCUCGAAGGCUGGAGAUGGCGGCAGUGUAACCAAGAUGGUCAUCACAGACGUUGGAAUCACUUCUCAGAUGGUCUCUGAUUUAAUCCCUGGCUCCUGUUACACCGUGGAGAUCUUUGCAAAAGUUGGGAAUGUUACAGAGUCACUGGUACCUGGCUGGAAGUCAUUCUGUAUGGAACCUGCACCAGUGUCCUUCCUCUACUGUGAGAUGGUCCCCAAGGAGCCGGUUCUGAUUCUGAAGUGGCCCUGCCCCCCUGGCAUGAAUACAGGCUUUGAGCUAUGGGUCCGGAAUGACACUUGGAACAAUAUGACAUACCUGAAGAACUGCACUUCAGAGGAUGAUACAGAAUGCAGGGGAAAAGUACAAAAUUUGGCAUUUUCUACCUCAUACAACAUCAGCAUUGUCACCUUGUCGUAUGGAAAGAUGGCAACUGCCACCCAGAGCACCUGCACCACCGGCAUCACAGACCCACCUUCUCCAGAUGGAUCCCCUAAUAUUACAUCUGUCAGUCACAAUUCAGUAAAGGUUAAGUUCAGUGGUUUUAAAGCCAGCAAUGGACCUAUCAAAGCCUAUGCCAUCAUUCUCACCACUGGGGAAGCUGGCCAACCUUCUGCAGAUGUUUUAAAGUAUACAUAUGAGGAUUUCAAAAACGGGGCCUCGGAUACUUAUGUGACAUACCUCAUAAGAAUAGAAGAGAAGGAGCGCUCUCCGGCCUUGUCUGAAGUCUUGAAAUAUGAAAUUGAUGUGGGGAACCAAUCCACCACCCUUGGCUAUUACAACGGGAGGCUGGAGCCGCUGGGCUCCUAUCGGGUGUGUGUCGCUGGCUUCACCAAUAUUACCUAUAACCUUCACAAUGAUGGACUCAUCAAUGGGAAUGAGAGCUAUGUGUCUUUCAGUCAAUAUUCGGAGGCCGUGUUCUUGCCUCAGGACCCAGGUGUCAUCUGUGGAGCAGUGUUCGGCUGUAUCUUUGGUGCCUUAGCAAUUAUGGCUGUGGGAGGCUUCAUCUUCUGGAGGAAGAAAAGGAAAGAUGCCAAAAAUAAUGAAGUCUCGUUUUCUCAAAUUAAACCUAAAAAAUCCAAGUUAAUUCGAGUGGAGAAUUUUGAAGCCUACUUUAAGAAACAGCAAGCUGACUCCAACUGUGGGUUUGCAGAGGAAUACGAGGAUCUGAAGCUGAUUGGAAUAAGUCUAUCUAAAUGUACAGCUGAGAUAGCUGAGAACAGAGGGAAGAAUCGCUAUAACAAUGUCCUGCCUUAUGAUAUUUCUCGAGUCAAACUUUCAGUCCUGACCCAUUCAACGGAUGACUACAUCAAUGCCAACUAUAUGCCUGGCUACCAUUCCAAGGGAGAUUUCAUUGCCACACAAGGACCUUUACCCAACACUUUGAAAGAUUUUUGGCGUAUGGUUUGGGAGAAAAAUGUAUAUGCCAUUGUUAUGUUGACCAAAUGUGUGGAGCAGGGAAGGACCAAAUGUGAGGAGUACUGGCCUUCCAAGCAGGCUCAUGACUACGGGAACAUAACCGUGGCAAUGACCUCAGAAGUUGUUCUUCCGGAAUGGACCAUCAGAGAUUUCGUGGUAAAAAAUAUGCAGACAAGUGAGAGUCAUCCUCUGCGGCAGUUCCAUUUCACCUCCUGGCCUGACCACGGUGUUCCUGACACCACUGACCUGCUCAUCAACUUUCGUUACCUGGUCCGAGACUACAUGAAGCAGAUUCCCCCCGAAUCACCAAUUCUGGUGCACUGCAGUGCUGGGGUCGGAAGGACAGGCACUUUCAUUGCUAUCGAUCGUCUGAUCUAUCAGAUAGAGAAUGAGAACACCGUGGAUGUGUAUGGUAUUGUCUAUGAUCUUCGGAUGCACAGGCCUCUUAUGGUACAGACAGAGGACCAGUAUGUUUUCCUCAACCAGUGUGUUUUGGAUAUUAUCAGAGCCCAGAAAGACUCAAAAGUUGAUCUCAUCUAUCAGAACACAACCGCAAUGACAAUCUAUGAAAACCUCGAGCCAGUGAGCAUGUUUGGAAAGACUAAUGGUUACAUCGCCUAGUUCCAAAGCAAACCCUUUCUGAAGUUAACCAGACCGCCACACCCACAGUGAAAGAAAAUGCCCUGAUGUGGACAUGUUUUUAUAUGUCUCAUUUCUCAGUUCUUUGUUCUGUUCUGUUAGAACUACCUUGGAGGGCAUGAGGCUGUGCGUGUAAAACAUGGCAAAUAGGGAGUUGGGGCUGUCGGGAGCUAUGGACAGGUGGUAUAUAAAUCAGCUGCAUUCCUGAUUACCAAUGGGAUGGGCUUACUUUUUCCCCCUUGAGAAUUGUGGAAAACCAGGAAAAGUGAGCUACGAUUUUAUUUUUCUUUUCCUAACAGGUUCUCUCUCUCUCUCUCUCUCUCUCUCUCUCUCUCUCUCUCUCUCUCUCUCUCUCUCUCUCUCUCUCUCUCUCUCUCUCUCUGUCUCUCUGUCUCUCUCUCUCUCUGUCUCUCUGUCUCUCUCUCUCUCUCUGUCUCUCUGUCUCUCUGUCUCUCUCUCUCCUCUCUCUCUCUCUCUCUCUCUCUCUCAUUUUUUAGGACUUUUAUAUGAUUCACAUGCAAAAGCAAGGAUUAUGUUGGGUUGAAUAUAUUUUAAGUAUCAGAGGUCUAUUUUUACCUACUGUAUCUUGGAAUCUAGCUGAUGGAAAUACAUGACUGUGGGUGUUUAUCGUGCAGGGAGGGGCACAUGGUGCCUUUUCUGCAUGGGUUUCUAUUUGAACAUGUGCCUUUUUUGAAUUAUGCUUCCACGGGCAAAACUCAGUAGAUGUCUCUAUUUUUAUAUUGAAUCUCAUAAUUGGAAUAUACAGAAUAUUUAAAUAGUAGCUUCGUAUCAGAGGUUUGCCUUCUCAGUAACAUUCCUGUUCUCAUUUGAUUAGAGGAGGCUUUCUCUUUGACCCACCCUUGACAUACAUUUGUGCUCCAUUUUUUUUCUUUUUUUCCCCCAGUUCUCUCCAAAGGCUUCUGUUGGUGACAUUUUCAUCCCAUCAGUUGGGUGAGAACAGAAAUUUAAAGUAUCACCAUGAUAGUGGGGUGGGGUGGGGGAUGGGAGAAGCAGAGGAAUUGUCAUACCAUGGUGUGAGUACCCCUUCCCAUCCCGUCUUCUGCUUUCUCUCAUUUCUGUCUUUGGUAAGAAGGAUUAUUUAAAGGUGCAAUAUGUGACUUAGUGGUUCACGAUGCUCUGGGUUUUUAGUAAUGUUUUACUCAGGUUGGCAUUUUACGUGUGUGUGUGAGUGUGCGUGUGCGUGCGUGCGUGCGUGUGUGUGUGUGUGUGUGUGUGUGUGUGUGUGUGUGUUUUAUAGCGUGGUGAUCUGUGAACAUUUCAGUGUGAACUCAGAUUAACCCUUUUCCCCCCCGAAGUCCACUGGCUUUAGUCUCUAUCUGCAGUGACACAUGUCAGUAUCUACUGUAUAUAUAAAUACUAAACUCUUACACCAGUCAUUCCUAUGAAUUGAGGUGUACAAAGUUUGAUUUGUAUCAAAGAUGUAAUUAUUAUUUUUAAAACCUCUUUUCACUACACUGCUGCUGUAAUUACUUUGAUUUUUUUAAAGAAAAUGUAGGGUUUUUUUGGCUUCAGGUGUGUAUUCACCAAGUUUUUCAGAAUUUAUGUGGAUUUAUUUUAUUGGUACAUAAUCUGUAAACUUCUCAAGGCAUUAACAUGACAAUAUUUGUGUCUUUUAUUUUAUCUUGUGGCUCAGGUUAUAUUUGAAGAAGUUUUGAGUUUAUUCUCUAGUAGGCAAUGAAGUAUAUAAGGUCUUAUGAAGGAAUUGCCAAGUCUCUGGAGUCCUGUGGCUGUUUUCCACAGUGACACAUCCUGCUGUAUGUUUGGGACAACGGUACCCUGUUGAAGAUGAGAGCGGGGUCUUCUCCGAGGGUCCUGGCUGUGGGCUCUGGGGCAGCCUUCGGGGUUCUGUCCUUGCUCUUCAUUUCACCAGCACUUUGAUGCCUGUCUGGACAGGAUCAUGAGUAUUGUAGGGUUAUAGAGGGUGAACCAUGAUAUACUUAAAAGCUGUCAUGCUAUAUGUCUUCUGUCCCCCUUUCCUUGGAGGUACUGAGGAUUGAAAGGAGAGGUCAGGACGUUGUCAUGCUUUGGGGGAGAAUUGUACUUCUCAAAUGGAAACUGCACUUUUUGCUAAACCCUUUGCAUUUUGAUGUUCAUUUAGUGUGAGAGCCUUUAAGGAAAGGGCUGGCCAGGGUGGAGUAGGCCCCUUGACUCACCUUCUCUGGGGACUUUGACAAUGCAGUUGUGAAUCAGGGAAGCCAUGCUGUCCCCAGGUGUGGAGUGAAGCUGAAUGUGGGUUCAUUAUUCCCAAAUCCCAUUUAGUCUGCACGUGCUGACUUGGGGGUGCUGUACAGAUGGGCCUGUCUGACAGUAUACCACCUGCCCACCUCCUCAGUGUGUUAGGAGUCAUUGUAGUGGGUAGUGAGGGGUCAAAUCCAGUGCAGCCCUAAGCCCAGCCUCUGCUGCCAUAGGAAAGGCUGGGGAAAGGACUUGCCCCUAACAAAGUCCUGUAAAAGAUCUGAUGGAGUCUCUUAAAAAAUGAAAGUAGCAAAGUCAUAAACAUACUGUAUAAAAAUGCAAAACACAGAAAGCUCUGCUUCUGCCCGAGUGGGUCUGGAAAGUUCUUAGGAACCAGCCCCAGCAAACCACUCUCACAUGUUAAUCCCAGGCUCAGGAGGAAGGCAGAGAGGUUGGGAGUUCCACAUGGGCAGGUCACAGCAAGGUCAUCAUGCCAUUGCACAUCCGGAGGAGGACUGUGUAGGGGGUUUGUGUAGCACAGUCAUUGGAAAGGGAAGAUUAACAUGUUGGCAGGAGGGCCCAUGACUGAGGCCAGGGCUGGUCAGAGGUGAGGGGAAGGCACUCCUCACUGGAUGCCCCAAGCCCUCGGUGGAACUGUGAACCCAGAUUGGAAGAGUCCGGUGGAAUUGGAACAGUGGAGCUCCCUGCUCAGAUGUGAUGGCUGCAUAGAGAAAAGCAGCCAGGGUGGAACCUGCCCAUCAACGAAAGGGCUACAGACUGGUGGCCAGAUGCUGUGGAGGACUUGGGCCAUUGAUGUCUUCUCCUAAGAACAAAGACUUUUCCUCUGGAGCUGAAUCUAGUGACGGUGGGCACCAGAAGGAAAUGUGGUGUCUGUUCUCUGAGGCCACUUUGUGAUCUCCAGCCAGACUUGGGCACAGUGGACCCUCUGGAUUUGUGCUUUGUGAGGCUGGAGGCUCUGGGGGUGGGGUGGGGUAGGGAGGAGGUAGGGAAGGGUCAACUAUGCAGCUGAUUCACACCUGUUUCCCUGGGAUGGAGAAGCCUGGUUUUCUUCUGCAAUGCUUGAUUGCGCUUGUUCAGCUAAACAAGCCUGGUGACUGGAGUUGGUUCACCUCAAAACAAAAUCGGAAUUCUGUGUUUUCAGACUACCGUGUAGCAACUGUGUGUUUAACAACUGUAGCUUUUUCUCCCCGGGGCACAGAAUAGAAGUGUUGAUGUGGACUCUAAACUGUACUUUCUUGUAACUAUUUUGGAAUGAUGCACAUUUCUAAUGUCUGUUAUACUUGUACAGAGUAUUGCUGUUGGUUGCUUUUUUUUAAAGAAAAAAAUGGCCUGAAAAUCUUUUUUUUAAAGACUUACAAAUACCAAAUACAAAAUAUGUCAACACAUUA